GUCAACAGUGACACGUCAGCAGGCCAUGUCAGCAGUGCCACGUCAGACUGCCACGUAAGCAGUGCCACGUCAGACAGUGCCACGUCAGCAGUGCCACAUCAGACACAGUGCCACAUCAGACAGUGCCACGUAAGCAGUGCCACAUCAGACAGUGCCACGUCAGACACAGUGCCACGUCAGCAGAGCCACGUCAGCAACAUGACGGGCCUGCCAGGCCAACUGGCCAAUGAGCCCAUUGCCGACUACAAAAAGCACUUCCAGGCUCAGCUCGCUGCAAUCGAGGUUGAGGAACAACGCCAGCUAGCAGUCAAGGCUGCCCAGCUACAGGCUGAAGAAGCGGCAACAGCAGAGAAGCUGCGGCUACAGGCCGAAGCAGACGCCGAUGCCCAGGCUCGCCGCAAGGAAGCCCAGGAUCUGCUGCUGCGGCAUGAAGCCAACAGCAUCGAGCGACUCAAGUACUGGCACUUUGAACCGAACGGCGACGAGGCAACACCGGAAGAGCAGCAUAAGGAGUUCAUGACCAAGCUCGUGACCAGGUUGGUUUAUACUUGUAACCACCUACAGUCCGAGCUGGAGAACCUCCAGCGGGCCGUGCGGAACCAUAAGACUCAGCACCAGGAUGCCACACGGGCACUGGACGCCCGUGUACUGGACCUGGAACAGGCUGUACCAGGACCAGAUGCUGGGGCUUCCAGCAGUGCACCCUCUAGCCGCCAACUGGAGGAACGCGUUGACCACGUAGUGGCAAUGCUCGGCGACAUCAGCACCUUCGCUGCGCCGACCACCGUCAGCAGUCAGCUGCAUACCUUGAAGAUCGAGUUCCAGCAGCUGCAGUCGACGAACGCGGAUGGCAAUCCGAAGUUAUACAAGAUGCAAACUUUCCAACUGGACAAGUUCGACGACUACACACAGCAGGAUCCGGUCCUCUGGUGGGAAGCAUUCACAACGCAACUCAGGAUUCUGCCCGUCGCCAAGCUCGCGUACAUCGACGCCCUGUUCAUGGGCGGAUGCCAGAUCUGGUUGACCCACCUGGCAACCUCUCACGGCGUCGACGUACCGGACUUGAAGGACAAGAUCACAUGGGAAGAACUGACACGGCUGUGGAAGAAGCGGUUCAUCGUCGACGACGCGCCGACACUCGCCAUCAACCGUUUGUUCACCAUGUCACAGGGCAACACUGCAACACGGGAUUGGCUCACUGAGUGGCAGAAGAUUGCGGCUGUGCCCAAUCUGAACUUACCAUUCGAGCAUCUACGCCGUGAGUUCUACAACAGGUCCUGUGCUGCAUUGAGCCAGGCUCUUGGUGAUCGCGAGCAGUACUCAACCUUUGCUAAGAUCAUUGACAAGGCGAGGGAGAUCAUCAAGACCAACAGGUCAGCUGCACACGAGAAGUCAACAUGGCAGCCGACCUAUGUGGAGAAGGUACGAACUGGUCCGCGACUGCAGCACUUCGCUGCAGUCCAGUCGGACAGUGGAGAUAACCCAGCAGCCACUCCAGCAUCAAGUGACGGAGAUCAGGUGGCUGCUGUCCAGCCGCGAAGCAACAAGAAGUCCCGCAACAAUGGGAAGGCGAAAUCCGCAUUGCAGGCCGGAAAUGGACAGCCAGUACAAGUUCCAUGGGUCAGGUUCGGCUUGACCGAGGCGGAGUACAAGGUCCCCGCCGCUACAACAGCUGCUAUUGGUGCAACAGCACCAAGCACAAGACCUCCCUGUGCCAGGAUCAGGGCAAGGAGGAUGUGCGACCCCGCCUCAACUCGGGAAACUGAGUUCCGCGGAAGACUUGAAGAGCUCGACCCGUUGACGUUCACGAACUUCCAGUGGAUGCUCGUUCCCUCGACCAGACGAUUGCCGAAACCGCAUUGCAACGUGCUUAUGGCACAAUUGCGGGAUUACUUACACACUGCAGUACCAGCUCCGUUGAUGGACGUCGGAGUAGAGGUUGUCGACCUUCACGCUUACAUUGCGAAGAUCGACCGCGAGUUCAAGACGCAACGGUACGAUGACAUCGACGCACCAUUGCUAUAUGUACGCAUUCGGAUCGGAGGGGCGACCUGCAACACCUUGAUCGAUUGCGGAGCAUCUCGCAACUACAUCAGCCAGGACUUCAUGGUACACGCCGGCCUUGGCCCACGUGUCCAGAGGAAGUCCCAGCCUACGGAAGUCACUUUGGCAGACAGUCAUACGCACAAGUCCAUCAACCGGAACAUUGACGCCGUCCCAGUGUACUUUGCCCCUCACGCAAGUGAGGCGGUGUCCUUUGACAUUCUAAACACCAAAUUCGACAUGAUCUUCGGCAUGUCAUGGCUGCGAAGCAAGGAUCACCCGGUGAACUUCUUCAACCGCACCGUUCACGUUCGUGAUCGGAACGGAGUAUUAGUUCCAAUCUCGGUGCCGCUUCCUCAUCCUUCGAUCAGCUGCCACGUGGUAUCCGCCGGAAGCAUGCGAGCUUCCAUCAUCAAAGACGACAUCGAGGAGAUGGGGGUGUGUUUUCUCCACGCCCUCCCGCCCCGAGACACUUCAUCGACGGACUCAUCUUCGGAUCCACGCAUCACCGAACUUCUCGACGCCUACAGCGACGUCCGGAGUUUGGAGGAGCAUGUGGAACACCUGCGCACCGUUUUGGAGCGGCAGGAGCUGGAGUACUUGGGCCAUUAUGUGAUGCCGCAAGGCAUAUGUCCGCUAGCGGACAAGAUCGAGGCCCUACGAGUAUGGCCCGAGCCCACCAACACCACGGACGUUCGUUCAUUCAUGGGAUUGUCGGGCUACUAUCAACGAUUCAUUACCGGAUACUCCAGGAUUGUUGCACCUAUGACGAGGUUACAAUCGCCAAAGGUACCAUUCGUAUUCGAUGACAACGCACGCCGGUCAUUCCAAGCAUUUAAGACGGCUAUACUCAUGGCACCCGUCCUUAGAAUCUAUGACCCCACCUUGCCGACGAGAGUGACUACGGACGCUUUCGGCUACGGCAUUGGGGCAGUCUUGAAACAGCACGACGACGACGAUUGGCACCCUGUGGAGUAUUUCAGCCACAAAGUGCCUCCCAUCAACUCGCUUGAUGAUGCAAGGAAGAAGGAGCUACUCGCGUUCGUCAUGGCUCUCAAGCGAUGGCGGCACUUCCUCCUUGGGCAUCGCAGGUUCACAUGGGUCGCCGACAACAAUCCAUUGACCUACUACAAGACGCAAGAUACGCUAUCUUCGGAUCACCCGCCGGCCAACCACUAUCGCAUUGCCGACGGGUACUUGCUCCUCCACUCGAGAGGCAAGGACUUACUGUGUGUCCCACGCGACCKUCGUCUUUGGACUCGCCUCCUCGGCGAGUAUCAUGAUUCACGACUCGCCGGCCAUUUCGGAGUCAACCGCACUAUUGCACGACUUCGACAGCGAUUCCGAUGGCCUGACCUCAUUACCGAUGUCACUCGGUAUUGCGACUCGUGCGAAGUUUGCCGACGCAGCAAACCCCGCAACCGCAAUCCCUACGGCGACUUACACCCGAUGCCUAUCCCACGGGAACCAGGUCUCUCCAUUACCAUGGACGUCACCGGUCCGUUUCCUCGCGACCGGCUCGGGCACGACGGCAUCCUCACGGUUGUGGACCGAUUGAGCCGGAUCUUCGCGGACCUUCUCCUCCCUCGACCAACCGACAUUGACGCUGCCUGCUCUCCCGCUUCUGUCCGGAAGUACAGGGAAUUGUUGACUCAAGCCCGCGCAAACAUGCAAAAGGCUCAAGUCCGCAUGCAGCAGCAAGCCAACAGGCGUCGCGUACCAUGUCCCAUCCSCGCCGGUGAUCUGGUUUGGGUCUCCGCGGAAGAGUUUGCACUGGAACAGGAUGUUUCACGCAAACUGCUUCCCAAGUGGUUUGGACCUUGGUCUGUGACAGCAGCCGCGGGCGAUGAGCCCGAUGGCCCUUCAUUUGUGAUCAACAUUCCAGAGCAUCUGACGGUCCAUCCGGUCUUCCAYGCCUCGAAGCUGGCAACAUACACGCCAACCAAGAGCGACGACUUUCCGGGCCGACGAUCGCAGGACCCUCCUUCUAUGGAUGGUCAUCAGGAAGUUGACCGCGUCAUCACCGAUCGCAAGUACGGCAGCAAGCCGCGGCAGUACAAAGUCACAUUCAAAGCAUGCGAUCGCGACGACACUCGGUGGAUUUCAGGCGCAUAUUUGAAAGCAUCCGCACCGCUGAUCUACGCGCAUUAUGAAAAGCGGAGGUUAGCUCAGGAAGCUUCACGACCAGCCCCUCCCACCCGGACUGUGGUCCCUCCCUCAAAGAGACAGCUUCGCCCUCGCAGGUAAGCUCGGUUCUUCAAGGAGGGGGGGGGUGUGGCAUACUGCGUAGCCACACGGGCCCUGCAGGGCCCGUCCUGGACAUUCAGCCUAAAAGC